AACUGAACUCCAGGAAAACACAGGUAAGAUAGACUUAUUGAGAGAGUGGGUGGAUAAGGUAAUAAUUAGCAGGCGGGCAAGUACAAUCCAAGAUAGGAAUUGAGUGCUUAAAGAAGUGAGCAGGAAACUAGUCCUUCUGGUUUUUCAUAAACACCGCCGUUGAGAUUAUACCAUAUUAUGCUUACAGCUACAGUGGCUGUUCAGUCUGUGUCACACUAGAAGUCUUCUACAUGUGUUGUUGUGAGUUAACAUUUUGAUAAACUCUAUGAGAUUACCUAAUAUAUUUUCUUAGACCAGUUCCACAAUCCUCAUAAUGUACAAUAGAACUUCAGUUGAUAUAUUUGUCUUAUCUAAUUUUUGUCAGGUUUACACUGAGACAGACAUAAAUGGAUAUUGUCAUGGAAUAUCCAGAGAUCAAAGUUGAAACAGCUGAAGAGGAGCAGUUGGAGGAUCUAAUUAAGGAGGUGGAUGUUGAGAGAGUUGUUGAGGGAGGGACAGAGCCAAUAACAGGCCAGAACAACGAUGAAGACUCCAGUGUGGAAGAGGAUGCCACUGCCAGACAUGGACAGAUUGGAAAAGCCAACACUGAAAGUGGAGAUGGAGACAAAAGAAAAAAGGACAACCAAAGAAAUAAAGCAAAAGGAGAGACUGGGACAGAGGACGGGGUUGAGCACAUUAAAGGGAUGGAUACAUUAGGAAUGGAUAGACCGAAAAUAGAGGGGAUGGCGAUGGUGGAUAUAACAGAACAAGAUUUGGAGACGGACAAACCAUCACAAGGAUUACAAGUUGGCGCAAAUAGACAUCUUCCCUUUGACCACUUGCCCAAAGAUACGCUGAGCCCAGAGCAUGCCCAAAAACAGGUUUAUAACAUUUGCUUUUAUGAAAAAAUAUAGCAAUUUGCUUUGUGCCCACAAUUUCAAUAAUUCCGUUAGUGACAGAAUACCAGUCUUACCAUUUUUGAUGUAGCAUUAGUUUUUGAUGUAGAAGGGUUUUCUUCCAUAUAUAGAAAAACAACAAACAACCUUCAUUUUGUGGUUACAGAAUUUGUAGGUGUGGAAAUGCCAGCGUGUUUGAAAUGAGUAGUGAUACCACCCAUUUUGAAGUUCUUGAUAAUGCCCACUCUUUCUGCCACCUGUCUUUCCCAGGCUCAACGGUUAACCCCUUAUUUCCCAGACGCGCUGUAUGACCUGGUCUUUACUCUGCAAGAAGGAAGACGACUCAAUGACCAGCGGAGCUCGUUCAGAGGGAGGAGAAGGUGCCAUUCUGAACCCAACACCUACAUUCCAGCCCACAGAGGUGAAAGAACACGGGAAAAAAACUCCCUGUAAUGAUAACUAACUAAGUGACUGUUGUAAACAUACAGUGGGGAGAACAAGUAUUUGAUACACUGCUGAUUUUGCAGGUUUUCCUACUUACAAAGUAUGUAGAGGUCUGUAAUUUUUAUCAUAGGUACACUUCAACUGUGAGAGACAGAAUCUAAAACAAAAAUCCAGAAAAUCACAUUGUAUGAUUUUUAAGUAAUUAAUUUGCAUUUUAUUGCAUGACAUAAGUAUUUGAUACAUCAGAAAAGCAGAACUUAAUAUUUGGUACAGAAACCUUUGUUUGCAAUUACAGAGAUCAUACAUUUCCUGUAGGUCUUGACCAGGUUUGCACACACUGCAGCAGGGAUUUUGGCACACUCCUCCAUACAGACCUUCUCCAGAUCCUUCAGGUUUCGGGGCUGUCGCUGGGCAAUACGGACUUUCAGCUCCCUCCAAAGAUUUUCUAUUGGGUUCAGGUCUGGAGACUGGCUAGGCCAUUCCAGGACCUUGAGAUGCUUCUUGCGGAGCCACUCCUUAGUUGCCCUGGCUGUGUGUUUCGGGUCGUUGUCAUGCUGGAAGACCCAGCCACGACCCAUCUUCAAUGCUCUUACUGAGGGAAGGAGGUUGUUGGCCAAGAUCUCGCGAUACAUGGCCCCAUCCAUCCUCCCCUCAAUACGGUGCAGUCGUCCUGUCCCCUUUGCAGAAAAGCAUCCCCAAAGAAUGAUGUUUCCACCUCCAUGCUUCACGGUUGGGAUGGUGUUCUUGGGGUUGUACUCAUCCUUCUUCUUCCUCCAAACACAGUGAGUGGAGUUUAGACCAAAAAGCUAUAUUUUUGUCUCAUCAGACCACAUGACCUUCUCCCAUUCCUCCUCUGGAUCAUCCAGAUGGUCAUUGGCAAACUUCAGACGGGCCUGGACAUGCGCUGGCUCGAGCAGGGGGACCUUGCGUGCGCUGUAGGAUUUUAAUCCAUGACGGCGUAGUGUGUUACUAAUGGUUUUCUUUGAGACAGUGGUCCCAGCUCUCUUCAGGUCAUUGACCAGGUCCUGCCGUGUAGUUCUGGGCUAAUCCCUCACCUUCCUCAUGAUCAUUGAUGCCCCACGAGGUGAGAUCUUGCAUGGAGCCCCAGACCAAGGGUGAUUGAUCGUCAUCUUGAACUUCUUCCAUUUUCUAAUAAUUGCGCCAACAGUUGUUGCCUUCUCACCAAGCUGCUUGCCUAUUGUCCUGUAGCCCAUCCCAGCCUUGUGCAGGUCUACAAUUUUAUCCCUGAUGUCCUUACACAGUUCUCUGGUCUUGGCCAUUGUGGAGAGGUUGGAGUCUGUUUGAUUGAGUGUGUGGACAGGUGUCUUUUAUACAGGUAACGAGUUCAAACAGGUGUAGUUAAUACAGGUAAUGAGUGGAGAACAGUAGGGCUUCUUAAAGAAAAACGAACAGGUCUGUGAGAGCCGGAAUUCUUACUGGUUGGUAGGUGAUCAAAUACUUAUGUCAUGCAAUAAAAUGCAAAUUAAUUACUUAAAAAUCAUACAAUGUGAUUUUCUGGAUUUUUUGAAAAUUACAGACCUCUACAUGCUUUGUAAGUAGGAAAACCUGCAAAAUCGGCAGUGUAUCAAAUACUUGUUCUCCCCACUGUAACAACUGUUGCAAUUAGCUUCCCUUGUUUCACCGUAGACACACUGACUCAUUUUAAAUGGCAGAUGGGGAAAAGCUGUAAAUAACUGUACGGUACCAAUAUCCAUUGAAGCGCUUCUAUCAUAUAACUGUGGCAUGGACACAUAUUAGAAUGUCUUCUGUACAUUAGUGACAUUUGAAAUAAUAUUGUUUGAAUGAUUAACUAGGACACUAAAUGAACUAGGCCACUAAAUGUAGCAUGUCUCCACUAUCUUUUAUCCCCUUCCAUUCCCAACAGUGCAUUUCUCCUCAAUGACUUCGCUGCAGAAAGAUGAAUUCUUUGACUUGGUGGCUACUUCCCAAGGUCGUCGGCUUGAUGACCAGCGGGCGGAACUACAUGACACCCCACCCCCUAAGUCGAAAGCCAAUAAGAAGAGGAGCAGCGUAAAAGAUACAAAGCCUAAAAAGUCUGCUCCAAUUGCAGUGCAUAACGAGGACUUGUACAAUAUGAUUCUCAUCUCGCAAGUAAGUAACUGUAAUCACCAAAGCUGCCAGUAGUCAAUUUGACCAAAACAUUAUUUUGUUCUAGUCAUAAGCAAAAUAUCAUGAAGGCAUCAUGUCAUAUGGUUAACGGAAAAUCCGCACUAACACAAAGUUAUAUUAACAGUAUUGCACUUUUCAUGUACAGUGCAUUCGGAAACUAUUCAGACCCCUUGACUUUUUCCAUAUUUUGUUACGUUACAGCAUUAUUCUAAAAUGGAUUAAAUAAAUACAAAUCUCAGCAAUCUACACACAAUACCCCAUAAUGACAAAGUGAAAACAGGUUUAAAUAAAUUUUACCAAAUGUAUUAAAAAUAGAAAACAGAAAUACCUUACAUAAGUAUUCAGACCCUUUGCUAUGAGAUUUGAAAUUGAGCUCAGGUGCAUCCUGUUUCCAUUGAUCAUCCUUGAGAUGUUUCUACAAAUUGAUUGGAGUCCACCUGUGGUAAAUUCAAUUGAUUGGACAUGAUUUGAAAAAGCACACACCUGUCUAUAUGAGGUCCCACAGUUGACAGUGCAUGUCAGAGCAAAAACCAAGCCAUGAAGUCGAAGGAAUUGUCUGUAGAGCUCCGAGACAGGAUUGUGUCGAGGCACAGAUCUGGGGAAGGGUACCAAAACAUUUCUGCAGCAUUGAAGGUCCCCAAGAACGCAGUGGCCUCCAUCGUUCUUAAAUGGAAGAAGUUUGGAACCACCAAGACUCUUCCUAGAGCUGGCCGCCUGGCCAAACUGAGCAAUCAGGGGAAACGGGACAUGGUCAGAGAGGUGACCAAGAACCCGAUGGUCACUCUGACAGAGCUCCAGAGUUCCUCUGUGGAGAUGGGAGAUCCUUCCAGAAGGACAACCAUCUCUGCAGCACUCCACCAAUCAGCCUUUAUGGUAGAGUGGCCAGACGGAAGCCAAUCCUCAGUAAAAGGCACAUGACAGCCCGCUUGGAGUUUGUCAAAAGGCACCUAAAGAUUCUCUGGUUUAAUGAAACCAAGAUUGAACUCUUUGGCCUGAAUGCCAAGUGUCACGUCCAGGGACGGCUUGUUCAAUAGGGCGAUAUGGGCGACGCACUGCCAAACGGGAAAAGGAAGGGAUUUUUUUUCUAAUCAAUUAUUUUAAAAAAAAUUAAAUAAAAAAAAAUAUUUUUUUUUUAUAAAUUUAUAAAAAAUUAUAUCACGGCAACAGCAGUUAUCAGUGUUCACGUCUGAUCUGCCAGCCACUAAAUGUCAAAUCAGGCUAAAGUCGUGCUUCAAAUGGCCCCGCCCGUUUUUUGGGCGAUUUCAGUCAGGUUGAAAAUCGCCCAGAAGUCUGUCAUAGACUCCCAUGUAAAAUCUAGUUUUGUCACAUUUCAAAGCUUUCAAUACAUUCUCUAUGGGUGUCUGUGGGCUUGCACUUACGCGCUUUCGUCAUACAUAACGUAACCACGAAUGAACGUAACUAAGAAAAGACCAGGUAGCAGCCUCAUUCAAUUCACUACUACUAUCAAAAUGGCUAGGCUUCAGUCCAACUCGAUUGUGUGUUUGAAAGAAGUUCCUUUUUGUCGGCGAACAAAUGAAGAUAAAUUGGCAACGAAACAAUUAGGACCCCCCAGACCAAAUUUAAUAAUUCAACAGGUGUCUACUAAAGGGGGGAAGUCCUACACCCGAGGAUUUUCCAAAAAUUGGUAUGAACGGAAAACCUGGCUAGCAGGCUGCGAUGUAGCUAAUGCAGUUUUUUGCUACCCCUGCUUACUCUUCCACCCUGAAGGCGGCACAGCAGACAGCACCGCUUGGACAGCGACUGGUGUAACCGACAUGCACCAUCUUUCAGAAAAGAUUAAGAAAAAUUAGCUGUCAAAGACCCACAUAUAGCUGUUUGAGAUUGUCUGCUUUUGGGAGAGUGAAUAUUGCCACUCAACUGGAUGAGGGAUACAGGCUAGCUGUCCGCCGCCACAACGAUGAGGUUAGCAACAGCAGAGUCGUGAACACUGUCUACGAGAAUCGAGACGACCUCAUAUAAUGUUUUGAAGCCAUCCGGACGGGUUCAUUGGGUUCAUUUGACCAGCACACCUUGAGAGAGGCAGCUGGCUACGUGAGGAUACUACAUGAUGAAGAUUUAAUUUUUUUCCUGCGGCUUUUUCACAAAAUCAUGCCCCACGUCGACAUUCUGUACCAGAAGCUACAGAAGAAGGACAUCGAUGCUGUCUCUAUCAAACGUGCCCUCGACAGCUUCACAAGCAAGUGCAGGCCAUAAGGUAAGAUUAAACAGAUAUCAAAAAAUGUGGUAAAAGCUCUUGUUGAUCCUGCAAUCUGAACAAAUACCAAGAUGCUGUAUUUUCAGCUGAUAUUUCAUUUGUUUAUGGAAAUGCAUAUUGUUUAUGCAGUGUUGAGGAAUGUGAAAGAACACCCUUGAUUAUUUUUACUGUGAUAACUUAUUUUGCUUUUGUAAGCCAACACUUUUGAGAUCAGUCAAUAAAUGCUUCUGGUAUUGACUUAUAUGCUGCCCCUGUCUUCAUGUUGUUGCUGGACAUAUCUUUUUAAAAAUGUGUGUAGGUCACCUAAAUCAUCAGAAAAAUUGCCCUCCCUGAGAAUUUGUUCAGGAGCCGCCACUGGUCACGUCUGGAGGAAACCUGGCACCAUCCCUACGGUGAAGCAUGCUGGUGGCAGCAUCAUGCUGUGGGGAUGUUUUUCAGCUGCAGGGACUGGGAGACUAGUCAGGAUCGAGGGAAAGAUGAACGGAGCAAAGUACAGAGAGAUCCUUGAUGAAAACCUGCUCCAGAGCGCUCAGGACCUCAGACUGGGGUGAAGGUUCACCUUCCAACAGAACAAUGACCCUAAGCACACAGCCAAGUCAACGUAGGAGUGGCUUCGGGACAAGUCUCAGAAUGUCCUUGAGUGGCCCAGCCAGAGCCCGGACUUGAACGUGAUCGAACAUCGCUGGAGAGAACAGAAAAUAGCUGUGCAGCGACGCUCCCCAUCCAACCUGACAGAGCUUGAGAGGAUCUGCAAAGAAGAAUUGGAGAAACUCCCCAAAUACAGGUGUGCCAAGCUUGUAGUGUCAUACCCAAGAAGACUCGAGGCUGUAAUUGCUGUCAAAUGUGCUUUAACAAAGUACCGAGUAAAGAGUCUGAAUACUUAUGUAAAUUAAUUUUUCAGUUUUUUAUUUUUAAUAAAUGUGCUAACAUUUCUACAAACCAGUUUGUGCUUUGUCAUUAUGGGGUAUUGAUGACAAUGUUUGAAUAAGGCUGUAACUUAACAAAAUGUGGAAAAAGUCAAGGGGUCUGAAUACUUUCCGAAUGCGCUGUAGCUUAAUUUUGGCCAGCUAAUAGCCUAACCACCGAUCAAGCAAUAUUAUAGACUAAACAUUCAAAUGCUGUUGCUGCAGGAUUAUUUUACUGCGACAAUACUGGUCAAAUGAAUAUCCUACACCUGUAUGUCGUGCUGUAACAUGGGUAUUGGGUAUUAUGUUGUAUGGUGUAACAACAUAUCAUGUCAUAUGGUGUAUUAGCAUCAUGUCAUGUGGUGUUACGUAGGUGUAAUGUCCCGUCUCCAUACCUCAGGUCCAGUGUAAAAUAGGCAUCAUGUCAUGUGGUGUUUCUGUCUGUCUCUGUUCCUCAGGCCCAGGGUAGGCUGGAGGAGCAGCGCAGUGCGGCCCCGGGCCCCAUGGAUGAUGAAGACUUCUUUUCCUUACUGCUGAGUGUCCAGGGAGGACGCAUGGAGGACCAGAGGACUGAGCUGCCUGGGAUUCUGGGAACCUGAGAGAUGCACAUGCUGGAGAGAUGACUCGGACCAUGUGGUGUAGCCCUAUAGUGCCAUGGCUUUUGCUUCUUAUUCACCUUGCCAGACCAGGCAUGACCAUUUUGUUCUGUUAUGGUCUGAGUUGACAGUACCAUCUGUAUCGAUGACUGCAUCAGUAAUUUAAUUUAAAAAAUGGUAUGUGAAUAAUAGAGGCGUCAAUUCAGCUGCAUAAUGCUAUAUAGACUAAUUACAAUGUUUGUUGUACGAUAUUAAGCUUACAGAGUGGGUAGAUUUGUAUGUUGACUGCACAAUAAUUUGGAUGAUAUUCAAAAUGCCCCUAAGCUUUGGGGUGCUUUAAAUGUAUUUAUUGUGAUGAGGAAAUGAGUUUUGCUCAGCACAGCAGUGAAUGAAUAUGAAUGAGAGUGUUUGAUUGUGUUUCCAUCUUGUAUUUGAAUAAAGCUCCUCACGAGAAUAAACUAAGC